AUGAAAUAAUUUAUAACCUAUAUCAAUAUUCCUGAAGUGCGUGGAAAAAUUCCAAAAUGUCAAAUCUGUCAGAAAAGUUUCAGUUUCACAACAAGGGAACAUCAAUGCAAAAGAUGUUUAAGAGCUGUAUGUGAGGGAUGCUCUCCAUUCAAGAUUAACCAUGUUAAAAAAGAUGGCAAAGGAAUCCACUAAACCGCAUAGAAUGUGCAAAAUCUGUAAAGAGAGCAGAUAAAGAAUUUUGUGGAGUAGAAUCAUAUUGCUUAUGGCGUGGAUACUUUAUCGAAGUAAUGGCUGGGAGGUUCACUAAGUCAACAAGAAUACAAGAAUGCUCGUGAGAGUGCUAAAAUAAGAUUCGAUAAAACAGAAAUAAGUGGUUUUGACAAUAUUAACUAUUCUUUGAAAGAAUUUUAUUAUCUUGUGGGCAAAGACAAUGCAAAACUGUAGAAUGUUUGUUUGACAUUUUGUUCAAAGAAUCCAGAAGUGCAAUUUUCAGCAGAAUUAGUAUGUUUGGCCAAUUUUCUAUUAUGUUUUUCAUCAGAGGCAUCCACUUUUCAAUUAUUAAGCAUAAUCUACAAAUAGAAACCCCCUGAUGAAUGCAUCGUAAGCAUAUUAACUUAUUGUGUAAAAGGAUAUGGUCUAGGAGAAGAUGAAAAAUCAUUGUUGAAAUAAUUCCUACAAAGUAGAUUGAAGAGAUAUUUAAUAACAUUUGCAAUCAACAUGUUCAAUUUCGAUACCACUCUAUUUCUAAUCACACAAUUAAUAAAAAAAUACGAUUCAUUCAUUAAAGGAUUGUCUGCAAUAUUUAUGUUGGCCAGCACUUAUUUGAAGAAUACUAACCAUGAAGAUCUUGAAUUAUGGAUAUUAAGGAAUGUGAGAAGAAAAGAUGCAGAAAGUAAAUUAAACCUGAUGCAAAUGCCUGCACCUAGGCAGGAAGUAGAAAUUAGAGACACAUCCUAGUCAAUUAGAAGUGUUGCAUUUUCUAUGAUCGAAUAAUAGGAUCAAUCAUAAUAUAAUGAAAUGAAAGCUGAAAUAUCCAAUCUAAAAUUACAGCUUGCAUUGAAAGAGAAUGAAAUUGAAAGCUUUAAGUUUUAAUUGCAAUAAAUGCAAACACCUGAUGACUCAAAGAAAGACAAGUAUAUACAAUAAAAAAAUGAAGAAAUUGCCAUUUUACUAGCUAGAGUUGAUGCUUUGACCUUGGAAAAUAAGUAGUUAUCUAAGAAAGAAUCUAAUUAUUCAAAUUAAAGUUCUAUUUAAGCAGAAUAAUAGAAGAUUAUUUAAGAAUAACCAAUAACAGAUAGAACGCUUAAAGACUAAACUCAAAGAUACUUCUUUUGA